UCAAGUGACAUCCAUAUACAUCCGUGUACAAUCUAAAUUAAUUAGAUUUCAAAGUUCAUAUAAAAUUGGGCACAAUUGUUAUUUUAUUAGAAAAUUUCUUAUUAUUGUGUUUAAUUUUAUCUGCAAAAAUGUCGGCGUCUUUAGAUAGCACUUUGGAUCCUAUGGAAGAAAUCAGAUUCAGGAAGAAACAUAGUGGUGUUUGGGCUGAAAUACUAAAGGAAACGCAUUUCACAUUUGAUGAACUAGAACAAAUUAUGUUGAUAUUUUUCAAAAUACAGAAGAGAGACGAAAGGUGUCCUGGAACUGAUCUGAUCACAAGGAAUCACUUCAGGGAUGUGCUGCACAACGGGUUAGGGAUGACAGAUGCUUAUAUGAUGGAGCGUGUGAUGGUAGCCCUGGAUCGUGGUACGUCACCCCAUGUAACAAUGGCUACAUUCAUCAAAGCCAUGUCCCUAUACCUUCGAGGAGAUCUGGAAGAACGCAUCCAAUAUGCUUUCACUUGCUAUGAUCUUCUGGGAGAAGGCCACCUCAGGCGGGAGACUAUGUACCAGCUAAUGAAGAAAAGUUUAGCCAAGGCUUCUAGGGACGAUGAUGUAGAAGAAGCUGUCAAGGAACUUGUGGAUAUAAUGUUGAAGAGAAUGGACCCAGACUUGGAUGGAGUUAUAAACUUCCAAGACUUCCAUGACACUGUGCUGAAGACUCCGUCGUUGCUGGAGAGCCUCGGCUACUGUCUUCCAGAGAGACCAGCUGUCUUUUCUUUUGUAGCGACCUGGUGCCCACGAUGGGGCAAAAUGUAAAAUAAAUAAUUACCAUUUCAUAAUUACAUUUCCAUUUUUAUUCGAUGAUGCAUUAAAAUUUUGAUAUUGAAGUAUUAUACAAACCAUUUGAAAUGAAAAUAAAUAUUGUAAAACUUUA